UCCGCGUCUGUGUACAGUGUGGGUGUGUGGAUGUUUCAGCAGUGACUCUCCAGCUGCUGAGCGGAGUGGAGCGCACAAGCGAGGGAGAACACUGAACCCUAACCGCUCAUUUUCUCCUCCUCUGACGUGAAUGACAGAGUUUGUUUGGACACAACACGCGGAAACAUGGCGGGACAGCGCUCUUCUUUAUCUUUACAAGGAGUUUUAUCGAUCUUUGCCUUCUGUGUGCUGCUCGGCUCUGAGACUGCCGGUCUGCUCCAGCUCUACCCCAUGAGUCAGCUCUGUAGGUUCUGUGAUGUAGAGAUGUCGUCCUGCAGCGGGACAGGAACCUGCAUGAGCAACUGCUCCAUCACAUCCAUCUGUGGGGACAACAGCGAGGUCUGUGUCUCUAUCUGGAGAAAGAACGAAACAGGCUUCUUUAUCGAAACUCUGUGUCACGACCCCUCCAAGCCUCUGUAUGGCAUCAUGCUGGACGACUACAACAGCUCCAAGUGUGUGAUGAAGGAGAAGAACACGACGAGCGGGAUGGCUCACAUCUGCUCCUGCUCUGAGGAGGAAGAGUGCAACGACCUGCUGAUAUUCUCCCCCAUUGUGGAUCCAACUCAAAAAGACCAGCUGGUGUCUGUGAUUCUGGUGAGUCUGCUGCCCCUUGUGGUGAUGGGGUUCGUCAUCGUGGGGAUGUUCUACUGGUACCGAGCUUACCGACAGCGCAUGCUCAACAGAGAAUGGGAGAGCAGCAUUAAGAAACGCAAGCCCAAAGCCGGGCUGGACUGUAGUGACGCCUGUGCCAUCAUGAUGGAUGACGACAGAUCUGACAGCAGCUCCACGCACGCCAACAACUUGAACCACAACACUGAGCCGCUGCCGAUAGAGCUGGAUCUACUGGUGGGGAAGGGUCGUUUUGCUCAGGUGUACAAGGCUAAGCUGAAGCAGACUACCUCAGACCAGUUUGAAACAGUGGCUGUGAAGAUCUUCCCCUAUGAGGAGUACGCCUCCUGGAAGAAUGAGAAGGACAUCUUCUCAAACACCGACCUCCGACAUGAGAACAUCCUCCACUUCCUGACUGCUGAGGAGAGAAAGGUGGAGAAACAGUACUGGCUCAUCACCGCCUUCCACCCCAGAGGAAACCUACAGGAACAUCUGACGCGUAAUGUGAUCAGCUGGGAGGAGCUGCAGGUGCUGGGUAGCUCUUUGGCCCAAGGUGUCGCCCACCUCCACAGUGACCGCCUCCCCUGUGGACGCCCAAAGGUAGCCAUAGUCCACAGAGACCUGAAGAGCUCCAACAUCCUGGUGAAGAAUGACCUGACAUGCUGUCUGUGUGACUUCGGGCUGGGUCUCAGUCUGGACAGCAGCCUGUCGGUGGAUGACCUCGCCAAUAGCGGACAGGUGGGUACGGCCCGCUACAUGGCCCCAGAGGUCCUGGAGGCCCGGCUGAACCUGGAGAACAUGGAGUCCUUCAAACAGACCGACAUUUACUCCAUGGCCCUGGUGCUGUGGGAGAUGACAUCGAGAUGUGACGCUAUCGGAGAGGUGAAAGACUACGAGCCUGCGUACGGCUCUAAAGUGCGAGAGCACCCCUGUGUGGAGAGCAUGAAGGACAACGUGCUGAGAGACCGAGGCCGACCUGAGAUCCCCGACAGUUGGCUCACGCAUCAGGGUGUGGCAGUGAUCUGUGCCACCAUCAAGGAGUGCUGGGACCACGACCCUGAGGCCCGACUCACCGCCCACUGUGUCGCUGAGCGCAUCACAGAGUUAGAGGACAAGAUGGACAAACUGUCCAACCGCAGCUCCUCAGAGGAGAAGAUCCCCGACGAGCAGAAGAUCCCCACAGAGGUGGAGAUCCCUGAAAUGGUGAAAAUCACAGACAUACAGGACAUCAUAGCUGUGGACUGCUCAGUCAGUGACGAGAAGUGAGCGGAAGCUCACAUACUAAGACUCUGAGGGAGAUUUAUCACCAAGGGCACUUAUUCUACUUCUAUGGGAUUGAAGAGAAAAGUUUAAGCAGUGAUUUUCAGGAGCUGAGCUCCUGAGUUAUAGGACUUUAGCUGGGUUUUGUUUCUUUUUCUCAGCCAGCAAAGAGGAUCUCUGGGUUUUGCUUUUAGACUUAAUCAUUUCUAAAAUGCCUUAAUCAGCUGAAAAGCUAAAGAGCCAAAAAGCUAAAGUUAACUGGAAGCUUCCAAAGAUGUGCAGAGCAUGGAGACAGUAUUUUUUUAGCAGUCAGACAGGCUUCUGUCUUAUUAUGAGAUAUAAACAGGGCAAUAACUGUUCAACCAAAGACAUCUGAUGUGCACUUUACCGUCUGAGCGUUAUGUCCGUUUUCUAUUGUCUAACAUGUUAAGAGGAGGUUCUGCCUGAAGUGUCCUUAUGUGUUUAACUUGAGCCAGCAGUGAUGUUGUUUAAUGAUGCUGUGGGAUCAAUCCACAGCAGCAGGAAUCCAAAGGAAAGUGUGUGUGAGUUUGUGUGUGUGUUUGUGUGACAGUGUAUGUACGUGUAUGAAAAGGUGUGUUCAGACUCAAAGCAGAGUAAAGUUUGACCAGGAUGUGACUCAGCUCAAAGUCAAUGAGAAAAAGAAAGACAUGCAGAUGAAUCAGUCAUGGCAUUGCACAACGUUUAGAGCAGUGGUUUUCAACUGGUGGAUCAGAACCCAAAAGUGGGUCAUGGAGCUGUUUCCAGUGGGUCACAAAUGUGUGCCAGGAACAAAAGUUGUAAAAAAGCUUUUAAAUACCCCUUUUUUUAAGACUUUUUUUUUUUUUUUUAGCUUUUUUGCCUCCAUUUAGAUCAGACAGUUGAAGAGAGACAGGAAAUAUAAGGAGGGAGAGCAGGAGGAAAGCAUGCCAGGACUGGGAAUCAAUUUUGUGGCCAGUGCGUCCAUGGGUGCUCGAUCCACCCACCAAGCCACCAAGUUUUCCAAAAUUGUACGAAAUUUUCUGUGUCAACUUUUGUAGGAAACUUAAAGUAAUGUCACCCCCAAAAAAGAACAUUCCCUCACUUUUUGGGAGUUUAUGUGAGCACAUUUCCAGAAACUGUGGGUAACAUUUUAUGGGACAUUUCCUGUAAAUAGGAAAGGAUUUCACAAGGAACUUUAUGUAAUGUUUACUGGCACUUAUUAGGAUUUUUCCCAGAAGCUUUCAGUUGACUUUUCCAGGAGGAUUCCUGGAAAAUUUCAGGAAUUUACACUUAAACCUAAGGGAUUAUUUGGGAACCUUCCUGGAAACAUUUUUGGAAUUUAUUGGGAAUGUGUCCACGAUAUUCUCCCAGAAACUUUGCAGUAUUUUCUUCAUUCUCUUUGUUUUGUCCUGUUCUGUACUCUCUGAAGUCCGAACAGUGUGUGUUUCAUUGAAUGAAUCUGAUUGGAAAAAAUAUCACGAAAUUGGGGUUGUGGAUGCUCAUUAAGAAGUUGGUGGUGGUCCUGAGGCAAGACCAGUUGAGAACCACUGAUCUAGACAGAUUUAUCCAUUGUCACUGUCUUGAAACAACCAUUUGAACGAGGUUCAAUUGUCUCAUAUUGCAGAAAUAGCCAACUAAGUUGUGCCUUUUACAAAUCUGCAUCAUGAUGUUAGUCUGUUAACAUCUUUUUAGCCCAUUAAUUUCAGUUUUACCUCCAGAGUUUGGCAAGUUUUUGGUUCAUAUCAAUGGCAGUGUAUACAACAGAAGUUCCACUUAAGGGGCUCCUCAGCGAAGUCUGCACAAUAGUUAAUGUUUACUUGAGAAAUCUUUGUACCAAGCAAAGUCAAGACGAUCUAAGGCUGGCUAAACAUCUGAUGAUUUUUAAAUCUUUACUGAUUUUGAACACAGACGUCAGGGUAUUUCAAACUGAUUUUUAUCAUUAUAGUCAAAUACACAUAGAUGAUUCUGCAAGUCCACAGCACCACUCAUAUGCUGUUUGUAAUGAGAGUUUAACAGCAGCUGCUGCAAAGAAGCAACCUCUAACACAGUGGUUCUCAACUGGUUGGGUCACUGGACCCACCAUCAACUCCUCAAGGAGAAUUGCAACCCAAAUUUUGGAGGUUUUUUUUUUGAUCAAUCUGAAAAUUUAAUAAAAAAAAUUUAGAGCUUGGGCCUAAGACAGCACAAAAGGUGUAACAAAACAAUGAAACAGGACAAAACAUGCAUCUUUUAUGGAGUCUUGUAGACAAUUUGGCGCAAUUUUUUUCCAAGGCACACAUCCGCAACUCACUGAAAAGGGCUUCACAACCCACUUCGGGGUCCCAACCCACCAGCUGGGAACCACUGCUCUAACAGAAACUCUCGUAACUUUUGGGGUAGAGCAAAUAUAAAGUUGAGUUUAUUUUCACAGCCAUGUUUCUGAGCUGUAAAAGUGCACAACAUGUGGUUGGUGGCACCUCAGGGUCUGCUCAUACCCAUUAACUAGUGCAGGUUUUCCAUCAGGAGCAGCCAAAGCUGGACACAUAAAUGUCAAACAUGUUUGAUAUUUUCAUUUCAACAUCAGGGAUGCUCGUAUUUCAUCAGGAGCAGUAAAUAGUUGUGUUGACGCCUCAUACUGGAGUAUUAUUUCGACAAAUAGUUGCAUCAAGUCUUGAAUUAUAUCCGCCUCCAUCACUUGCACCCCUUUUCCACCAAGCCAGUUCGAGUGCUGGUUCCAAGCCUGUGCUUAAUCCAGCACCAGUACUUAGUUUUUCUGUAUCCAAGAAUUGCAUGUGCCAGAAUUUGACACAAGUGUUGCUGGUGAAACUUCUGUACUUCGUUAUGUUUACAGUAUACCACAAAGUGGCUCUCUGGCUAUUUUCAACCAUUGUAAAAGCAAACCAGUUCUUUGACAGUUCUUAGACUGAGCUAAAUGUGGGCAAGCUCCAGCUCCAGCUGACAGACCUCAAAUCCUCUAGUUUUAAGCUGCGUCACAGCAUGUGUAACUGGUCAACCGAACUGAGCUUUAAAUGGCAUAAAGGUUUAACAAAAGCACGUGUCUCCUUGUAAUAGUGUUUUACCAAAGCAAAUCAAAACUGAACUUCCUGCCUUCAAACUUUCUUCUCUUUUGGUCUGAACACAUCCUUCAGCGUUUUUUUUACCUAGCUUUACUUAAACCUUGUUUGUCAUGCAGGCAAACACUUUGUAUAUAAAGACAGGAAGUGUAAAUAAGAGAUAAAGCGGACAAAAAGGGAAAGACUUCCUCCUACUCUUCAUAGAGAUGUAUUAUUAAGCCAUUUUGUAUGUUUUGUGUCUAUAUCAAGAGGAGUGUGCCAAAGAUAUUUUAUCCUGCCUUAAAUACAGUAUAUGUGUCAUAUGUAAAAUAGUGUAAAUCUUUUAUGAAUUAAAGAUAUUUCUGUAUACUGA